CAGGAGCCUCCUGUUUUUUGACAGGUGAGAUGAGUAGAGUUCACGAAAACCUAAAAGGUUUACCAAUCUAUCACAGUUCAUGGGCAAUAAGGGAAGCUUUCAAGCGUUUCUUUUUCUAUUUAAGCAUGAAGAUAAGCAGACCCUUUUGAUUCUAAUCUACAAUGUCGAAUCUGAAGAGGAGAGUAGGCGAAGCAGCUUGCUAGCCAGCCAGCCAUCGACCCAAGCAAGCUAGCUAACAUACGGAGUAUUUGUAGUCUUGGGACGACAGCCAUCGCCGGUGUACUCUUGCCAGCUAGUCUUGGGAUGCUGCUAAGCUUGGGGCUUCCUGCAUGAUGUGUUACCGUGGUGACAACGGAGAACACCCAUCCCCCUCUCCCUUCCCCUGGGCCGCCGCCCCUCUCACCCCCCCCUCCCGCUAAAGCAGUCCUGACCUCACCAAGAUGCCGAACAGAAAGGAGCCACCUAUCUAUAACGACGACAGUGUGGGGACCUUCCAGUACAAGUUGCCGUUCAACGAGACCAUGGAGCUGUUCAUCGAAACUUUGACGGGGACCUGCUUUGAGCUGUGUGUCUCGCCCAUUGAGACUGUCAUCUCUGUCAAGGCCAAGAUCCAGAGGCUGGAAGGUAUUCCUGUUGCCCAGCAACACCUGAUCUGGAACAACUUGGAGCUGGAGGAUGAGUACUGUCUGCAUGAUUACAGUAUUGCUGAGGGCUGUACUCUGAAGCUGGUGCUAGCCAUGAGAGGAGGACCAAUCAACACCAGGAGAGUGCCUGUUGAGGACCCAGUGAAGGAUAUGGUGGAGGUAAUGGAGGGAGGCAGGGAGGAGGGCUGGGAUAAGAGUCUACCUGGCAGCAAGCAGGUCACUUUUCUGGUGUACCGAGAGGGAGACCAGCUCAGCUUCUUCCGGGUCGUCGACCGAGGGGAUGGAACUCUGACCCCUGUCUCAGAAUCACUCAGUGGUGGCUCAGUGUUCAACAUGUACACAGAAGAGGAGGAUGACGACGAUGAGACGGGGGGCUUGGCUCUGGGACAGCCAUCCCUGGAGAACUCUAUCACCAUGAACAAGAUGAAGCUGCUCAAAGCCAAGAUGGAGGACAUGAACAUCAACAAGAAGCCUAAGAGGUCUGCCAAGUUGAAACCUCUGUCACCUGUCAGUGCCCGGCCCUGCAGCAACUUUCUGGGGCUCCCCAGACACCACCGCCUCUUCCGUGUCCUGCCCCACAUCAACCAAUCCCACCACUCCACCUCAUACUUACCUCCAAUCAGGGACCAGGGAUCCUCAAAUCCCUCUACUCCCGUUGCUACUACCUCCGCCACCCACCUGUCAAUCAACGGCCAGGCGCCGCCCUAUUUCUCUUCCUCGUCCUGUUACAUGCUUCAGGAAGAGGAGCCAUGGCAGACCAGCCCCAAGUCGAUCCGGCCCCCUCCUAAAGUGUCCCGAUUGGACAUCGGCAGCACCAGGCUCAUGAGGGACUGUGUGUAUCCGCAGCUCCCCGCACUCCCCAGCAGGGGGCAGGCUGAGGGGACAGUGGAGCUGCCUGACUCCAGAGGAGAGGCACUGGAGCUGGAGUUGCUGGAGGAGGUUGCAAGCCUGCUGGAGCCCACACCGCCUGGAGCUCUGUAUGGAAACCUGCUCACAGACCCCCUCAUUCUGGACAUCUCUACACAGCCAGAGGAGGGUUUGGGUGGGUUGGAUGGGCUAGGAGCCCUGGGGUUUGGAGCAGAGCACCAGCUCUCCUCCACACCCUCUCUCCUCUCCCAAGCUGAGGGGAUGAACUCUUUAAACAACUGGGCUAUGGGUGGUUCUGAUAGGUUAGCCUGCAAAGGUCAGAGGACACAGUUACUAGGCAACACCCUUGAUCAUUUACCCGACUCUCCUUCCCCCUCUAGUAGAUGGAAACUACCACAACCCUUUGAAUUCACAGGCUCAGUAACGCCAACCCUACAAUCCAAUCCCCCCUCCUCCCGCCCCACCACUCUCUUCUCCCCUGCUCCACCUCUCCCCUCCUCUCUUCCACAUGGCUCUCAUCUGCGAGGCAUCAAGAUAGACUCCCCAGGCAAGCGGCCGGAGAUGAGUAAAAGUGAGGCACGGGGCAUCACCAAGCUGGCCAACCAGGCCUGUAUGAACCCUCUCGAGUCCCUCAGCAACACAGAGCUCCUGGCCUCCCUGUCCUCUUCCUCCAGGACCCCAGUCAGCAGCAGCAGGGAAGGCCUGGGACAGAGCCUGGGAUUUGGGUUGGAGCUGCCCGCUGUUGGGGCCUCCAGGCUGGGCAUGCUAGACUCUACGGCCCCCUCCCUACAAGCCAACAUUCAGCUGCUCCAGGAGGACCUUAUCCGACGGAUGUCCCCACUACACAGAGCGACCGCCUCUUACAUGGUACCCAACAGCCUGGGAUCAGCUGGAGGCUCCAGUUCAAUAAGGAGACCAGGCCCCCCUGCAUAUCACCUGCCUUCAGUCAAGGUUCCACUGGCAAAGAAGAAGAAGAAAUCUAAACACUGCUUCCUCUGUGGCAAGAAGACUGGUCUGGCCACCAGCUACGAGUGCAGAGAACACAGUGUGUGGUGGUGACGCAACAGAGUAACUGGAGCUGUGUAAACUCCUGGUCAUAACGCUUAACCGUCUGAUGUUGGAGUCACGCUGUGUGCUAAAGAUUCUAAUUGUACUUGGACUAACUGUACUUGGGCGCUAACUGUGAUAGUGUUACACUUGGUGUGUGUGGUUGAAAGUAGGACAGUUGUGUGGUAACACGCCCCUAGUCUGUAGUUUCCCCUUCAUCUGAAAACGGAUCUGAAAAUAUAGCUAGUUAUAGUUAAAUGUGGAGGGUGCCAAAAAAAAUUAUCCAGGCGUUAAGACAAAGGAAAGGGAUCCCUGUAUAUAGUAUGCUUACUUUCUCUAGUUCUUAUUUUUCUGUUCUACCUUGUGUUAUUUUUAGUACUACAUUGAUAUUGAUUACUGCAUUAUUGGGUUUAGUUCUUGCAAGAAAGGCAUUUCACUGUACUUGUGCAUGUUACAUUAAAACUUUAAACUUGAGGGGAGGAAUCCAGUUUAGACCAAUGAGAUGCACCAUCCCAUGGUGUUAUGAGUUAGGAUGAAGGAAAGGAGAUGGUGCACCCAUGGUGUUAUGAGUUAGGAUGAAGGAAAGGAGAUGGUGCACCCAUGGUGUUAUGAGUUAGGAUGAAGGAAAGGAGAUGGUGCACCCAUGGUGUUAUGAGUUAGGAUGAAGGAAAGGAGAUGGUGCACCCAUGGUGUUAUGAGUUAGGAUGAAGGAAAGGAGAUGGUGCACCCGUGGUGUUAUGAGUUAGGAUGAAGGAAAGGAGAUGGUGCACCCAUGGUGUUAUGAGUUAGGAUGAAGGAAAGGAGAUGGUGCACCCAUGGUGUUAUGAGUUAGGAUGAAGGAAAGGAGAUGGUGCACCCAUGGUGUUAUGAGUUAGGAUGAAGGAAAGGAGAUGGUGCACCCGUGGUGUUAUGAGUUAGGAUGAAGGAAAGGAGAUGGUGCACCCGUGGUGUUAUGAGUUAGGAUGAAGGAAAGGAGAUGGUGCACCCAUGGUGUUAUGAGUUAGGAUGAAGGAAAGGAGAUGGUGCACCCAUGGUGUUAUGAGUUAGGAUGAAGGAAAGGAGAUGGUGCACCCAUGGUGUUAUGAGUUAGGAUGAAGGAAAGGAGAUGGUGCACCCAUGGUGUUAUGAGUUAGGAUGAAGGAAAGGAGAUGGUGCACCCAUGGUGUUAUGAGUUAGGAUGAAGGAAAGGAGAUGGUGCACCCAUGGUGUUAUGAGUUAGGAUGAAGGAAAGGAGAUGGUGCACCCAUGGUGUUAUGAGUUAGGAUGAAGGAAAGGAGAUGAGGAGAGGACUAUAGAGCAGUCAAGGGGAAUACUGGAAAUGAUGAUGCAACAACUUUCAAUACUGUGCCCUUGGAUGACUCCUUAGCCCUAGCUGCCUAGCACGAACCAUCACACUUUUUUUGUCUCUAUUUCAGUUCCUCUGGGAUGGAGAAGGGAUAGAGGUCUGAAUAAAGCUAGAUAUACACUGCAUUUGUAAAGUGUUUUGUUAUUAUGGGGUGUUGUGUGUAGAUUGAGGGGAAAAACAACUUAAUCAAUUUUACAAUAAGGCUGUGACAUAUGAAAAUGUGGACAAUCAAUGGGUUUGAAUACUUUCCAAAUGCACUGUCGCUGCAGGCUUUCAGUAUAGUGUUACCAAUUGGUGUUCUACUUAUUACUAUUGUUCAGUAGAAAUCUGUUAUAUCAUCACACUUUCAAAUCCCCUCCAACUUCGGGAGGUUUAAAAUGGAACAGUCACAGCCAUACUGUCUGAAUAGGGCUGUU